AUGGACUCCCUCGAUUUCUCCCAACAAAUAAUUGCAAUUAUCUCCUUCCUAAUUAACGUAGUUAUGAUAAUUUUAAUUGUGUCAAAGUCUCCAAAAUCUCUUGGCGCAUAUAAAUAUUUGAUGAUUUUAAUGUCAAUUUCUGAAUUGGCCUAUUCGAUUAUUGAUUUUCUCAUUAAACCCCAUGUUAUUUCUUCUGAAAACUUCUGGAUUGUUGGGACGAAUUUUGAGAGAUCCAGGAUAUCAUUAGAUGUUGUUUAUCCGUUGAUUUUAUUCUGGGGAGCUGCUUAUGGAAUUGCCGUUGCUUGUUUCGGAAUACACUUCAUUUUUCGAUAUUUUAUGGUCAUUGGUAUUCGAAAAUGGGUUUCCGGAUAUUUAAUGGUUUCGAUUUGGUUCAGUAUUCCAGUUAUAUCGGGUUCAAUUUAUGCAUUCACGAUUCAUCUGUUUUUGAGUUUUGAUGAGAAUUUGGAAAGAUUAACUUUUUCUCUCUUCACAAUGAUAUAUUUUGCUGUAAAAGUGCACAAAGCGAUUCGAAAUUUAACAAAAUCUGCUGAAAAUCUGUCUUCCAUUGCUCAGACUCUUCAAAAACAAUUGUAUUAUUCUUUAUUGGUUCAAACCAUAAUCCCAAUGAUUCUUAUCCAUUUCCCAACUACCGUAAUCGUUUUGGCCGCGUUUUUUGGAGAGGGAAGACCAUUUUUCGGGGAUUUUAUAACUAUGACAAUAUCCUUAUUCCCGUUAAUUGACCCAUUACCAAGUAUGGUUAUAAUUAAGCCAUAUCGUGAGGCAAUUAGAGAUUCUGUAUUUUUCUGGAGGCCGAGAAGGGCGGUGGAGCCGGAUACAACAAAGUUCUCCAAUGUGAUAAGUCGAGCAGUGAUGAAUUGA